GUGUGCACGGACAACAGCACAUCAACAACGGUGCAUUUCUUCGAAACCAAAUGAGCGUCGCUUUGAAUCGCAAUCACAACAUUUCAGUCUUCAAUAUUUAGUGUGAUCGAAUAUCAGCAACAUUUCAUUCGAAAGAAAACUAAAUGUAGGUUUCAUCUAACGCCAUCUAUUAGAAUUACUGUGAAACAUUUAGUUCUCCAGCAUACGGAGAGUCAAGCGGCAAAUGCAUAACAAAACAAAGUGUUUUUUUCCUUUGCUGCUAAUGUCAAACAACAAAAAAAAAAAAUCAACAGGAGCUAAUUUUUCAGCUGCAUUUGCUAGUUUACAUUUCAGUGUUCCGCAUUGUACGACCGUACUAAUGCAGCAAAUGGUGAUUUUGUCGUGUAUCGCAUUUUUGAACCAAUUGAAAUUUUUUUCGCGUUGAACAUUGUUUUAUGUGUUUGGUUCGGUGCAUGUCUAUUGGCAAAUGUCAAAAAUGAUGAACAGUAAACAAUAUUAGCACUUGACGACACAGAGGGAAAGAGAGAAACGAACAGCGAUAAAUAUUUUAUAAACAACAAAAGAAGAAAGCGAAAAAAAAUAUUGUUCCCGUCUGUGUUUAUGUUUCUGUUAUUGAUACAACACAGAGUGAAUGAAUUUCGUGCCGUCGCCUUUGCAGCUACAUGUAUCACAAGUGCAUAUCAAUAAAUGCCAAUGUUGUUUUUACCCAGUUUAAUUCGUAUAAAUACAUUUAGAAUCGCCGCCAUAGUGAAGACAAACGUGUGCAAAUAGUUUUGAAUUUGUUGCAAUUUUAUCGUGUCCACGGAACAAAUACAGAAAAAGUGAUAAAUUUGCAAUGUCACCUGGAGCAAAUAAACGUCAAACGGGCACAGUGCCAAAGGCAAAGGCAUCUCGCAAGAAUUCCGUACCACAAGAAAUUGUCGCUCCAACUCGACGUGAUCUUCAGCAGCAUUUAAAUGAUUUCUUUGCGUCGGUGCAACGAGCGUCCAAACGUGACAAUAACAAUCGAACGCCCGGAGAAGGUACUUGCUUUGAACUAGAUAAUUUUUCAUUGCCUGAGAAUACGCGAUCUUGUUGGCCUGUACGGCCAAUACCACGGCGCAGCUACUUACAAGAUGCUGUGGCCAGUGAGGCACACAACACAGGGAACCCAUCGGCUCUGUCCUCAACAAAUGCAGCUAUUGGUGUUGUCAUUCCGACCACACCAAAUUCCACACUACAUCAACAACAGAAUCAAUUGAAUGAACAGCUAUUACAUCAUAAUCAACAGUUGCUGUCGAUGCGUGUCCCAGAUGGAACACUGCAACCGCCAAGAAACCCAACCACAACAUUCAACAAUACCGGCGGCGGCGGCGGCAGCAGUAGCAACAACAACAACGAUAAAUCCCUGCAAAUGGAAGAACGUAUCUCACAAAUUCAAGACUACAUUCGGAUCACGACGUCACUCAUCGACUCGAUCAACGUUGAGAAGCAGGCAAAUGGACCUCGUCCACAGUCCGUAGCCAGUGUGCACACAACCGGACCAAAUACGCCGACUUAUGAGGAACUGCAAAGCAAAUUGGAAAUAUCAAAUCGCAGCAUUAUCCAUAUCAAGGAGCAACAACAGCAAUUGCUUCGUCUUCAACAGGCAGCAAAGAAUCGAUUGUAUGAAAUGGAACAAUUGCGUGGUCAGCAACAGCCACUGACAUUUGCAAACAAUCAGAAUGCCGUGCCCGAUUACGACAAUGUUGAAGAUGUCACACAGGAUGUGACACAGUUGAUGUCACGCAUGAAAACACUCACCGAUUUCAUACACAGUCAAAAUGAUAUGGCCAAUUCGUUGGGUCUGGACGAAAAAUCCGAAUUGAUCGAGGAACAAACGCAGCUCCAGAAGAAAUUGGUCGAUUUAAAAAAUAAGAAACAACAAAUGGCCAAUUUGGUUAGUGAAUUGCAUGCGAUGAACGUGCAAGCGGAAAAUAAUUUCGACGAUGGAAAUCGUUCGACGGCAACGCCACCACGAAAUAUGAAUGAAGAAGCAUACGAACGCGUUCGAUUGGAUCAAUUGGAUCAAAAUGGAAAAAUCGAUUCGAUUGAUCAGCCAUCGAAUGCAUCACUCAACGAUGCCGACGAAGAGGAUGACGAUGAUGAGGUUGCGGCCGCGGCAGCUGGUUCAAUGCUUCAAGAUAAAAUUUCGGAGAUUAAUGCGAUGAAGGAUCAAUUGAAGCGAUUGCAAGACAUGAUGCAUACGGUGAAAUUGAUUGAAAUUAAAAAUGGGGAUUUUCAACCCGAUGACGAUGUAAUUCAAUCACAAGACGAACCAAACAACAUUCAAUCAAACGAUGACCCACAACGCGAUGAAGAAGAACAAGAAAUGGCCGAACGUGUUCGCGUUUUACACAGUAUGACCAAUGAUUUACGGGAACAAGCAGUGACACUGGCCGCUGAACGAGAUCGCUUGAAAGACAUUAAAAACGAAAUGGCAAGACGACGAGAAUUCGAUGGUUCUUCCGAAAAGAAUUUGAAGCAACAACAAACGCAUCACAUUCAUCCGCAGCCAAGCACUUCGACCGUGCAAAAGGAGCAAAUUCUUGACUCAAACUUCCUGCAGAAGAAAAAUGAUGUUGAAAAAGGAAUUCCACACGAAUUGCAACGUGUGAAUAAGGAACCGCUUCAAUCAGCCGAUGGAUUACUCUAUUCGCCAAACAAUUGGUCGAAUCGACAAAAUGCAUCGUCCACACCAUCGUUGCGCUCAAGCCAUGGCGGCUGUAAUCAAUCGGAAAAACCGAUUCCAAAUAAUUGUAAUAAAGAUUCGACGGAUGCGGGAGCGGUUGAUAUGUUAAACAUGUCAAUCGAAGCAGGAAGUUUGCAAUCAUGCAGUUCUAGAGGCUAUUCAGUUCCACCGCCAAUGCGCAACAUUAGCGGAAGAGAAGCUUCAUGGCGCAAAUCAUCACAAGAGAUUCCACGAAUUUCAUCGUUGAAUAUCAACAAUCAAACGAACGGAGCCUAUGAAAGUCAAACUGAACAGAAUUAUCCAUGGUAUUGGCAUAACUACAAUCAAACCUGUAACUCAGCACCACCGCAAAGCCCGCACUGUCACUACCAUCAUCAUUCGUGUAUGCAAGGUCAGAGCGGCGGGAAUGAUCCAAUGCUCAUGCAACAGUUCAUUCAAACCCAACAGAUGCUUAUCAAUUCGAUCAGCCAAUGCAAUCAAUUGCUAUGGGACCAACAACGUGAAAUCAAUAAUUUGAAUAGCGCAGUGCUUUUGAUUCAAGAGCGUCUAUUGAAUAUGCCAACGAAUUUGGUGGAUGCGCAACAGCAGAAUAUGAUUCGGGCUGAGUCAGUGCCACCGAAUAUUGUGUGCACGAAUCAAGCACCAUUUUUGCCACGCGCUCAAUCCGAGCAGCCACAAAAUUUCCCGAACUUUCCAACAACGUCCGGUGCAUCAAUCCAACAACAACAACAAUCACCGUUGCCACCGUCACCAUUUCGACAAUAUCCGAAUGCAGCGCAAAAUGCCCAAUACUAUCGUAACAAUCAACAGGGUGUGCGCAUGCAUCGACAACCGUUGAUGAAUGGUCGAAAUGGUUGCACCGUCCCAUACUACGAAUCCGAUCAAAUUCAAUACUCGAAUAACUUUCUAAACGCUCAUAAUUUGUCUAAUCACACAAAUGACAAUAUCGGUGGCGGUGGCGGUGGCAGUGGCGGUGGCAGUGGCGGCGGCGGUUCACCGAACAAUGCGACCAUUAAUAAUUUGCAUCAGCAAAAUUUAACCAAUGCCUCCAAUUCCGCAACACCAGUAACCAAUAAUAGUGUGAAUGCAACUAACACAGUCACUGCUUUGAAUAACCAAGUUGUGCCUGGCAUUCGUGCAAACAAUUACUAUGAUAAUUUCCGAAGUUAUUCGCGACAAAAUCUUUUGUCGAGCGCCAGUUGCAAGAGCAAUGAAAUCGAACAGGCGCAAGUGCAUAUGACACACAAUAAUUUGCCAUCGCUCACCGUCGGCAAUAAGUUCCGGAAUGUUAUCAAUCAGAAUACACCGCCCGAUGUACUUAAUGUGAAUCAACAGCGAUACUAUCACGAUAUUCUGGACAAUUUCUCCAGCAACACCAAUUAUAAUAACUUGAAAAUAAGCACCGGCUCAUCCGUUUCAUCAGUGGCAGUGCCAACGGCUGCCGUUGCUAGCGUCCUGGGAACGGCAAUGGGUACACAAGUAGCCGGUACAAAUUCGGUAGCACCCAGUAUUGCUAACGAAUCGAAUUUACUUAGUUCCGUGGCUAACAAUAGCCAUACAAAUAAUGAAAAUAGGUGUUCUGAUGAUCAAAAGUCAAUAAAUUCCUUCAAUUUCGAUGUGAAUGAGUUAAAACAACCGAAAAUGUCGGCGAAAACAUUGCAAAAGGGGACGACGGGUGGAAGCAAACGGUUGCGACCAUUGCGUGACAUAAGUGCACCGUUGAAUGAACGAGACAAUCAAUUUGGAUCGACAGCAAGCAAUGGAUUCGGUGUACUAGCACAUGGUUCACAAGACUUGAAUUUAGCUAGCACUUCAAAUCAACGAACAAAUUCCAAGUCAUCGUCGAAAUUGUUUGACGAUCUCAAGGAGAAUGUCUAUUUGGAAGUAUCAGCUUUGAUUGCGGCAAACGAAUCGAGGCCACAUUUCUUAAUCAAUUUAUUCCGUGAACUUCAAUUGAUAUCAUCGUCCGAUCCACUGCGCACGCGGCUAAUGCAAGCCUUCCAAGAAGUUUAUACACAACAUUGUGAAUCGAAUGGAUCUCCAAACAUCUUACCUGAUAUGCAGGCAUCCGUGUCAAAUGUACAGAAUGACUUGGAAAAUCCGCAUCAUCAAGAUAUGGCACAACAUUCUGGUGGACCACAUUUCAAUGAGAGAGAAGGAGGGAAUAACAUAUCGGUUGCAACAACGUGUGUACCUGAUCUGCGAUCAUCGAUUGAUGAGGCACUUUUACGGGCAAUCACCGUGAAUUCAACACAAAAUGAGACUACGAAUAAUUGUUCGUUCUUGGAUUUAACGGUGAAACAUGAUGGACCAACGAGCACAUCAAAAGGAAACACUGCCAGCGCAACGCCCAUAUCAUUGGCCGAUGUUGUUGUAAUGGAUGGAAAUGUACAGCAUCCGACCAGUCCACGUACACCCGUUUGCCUUGUGUCGCAUCUGUCAUCGAGUAUCAAUCAAGAUUUGGCCGAAGCCGAUCAAAGCAUGGAAAAUGAUGCGACCAACAAUGAAAAUGCGGCCAAUUCACCCGAAGCACUCAAUGCACCGGAACGCGGCGAUUUAAUGCCAGACAAUGGAAAUUCGAAUGAAGGUGCCGUUGGUGGCAUUGAGUCGUCACCGUUGCCCGAUUUAGCAAAAGUAACAACCAGCUCAAAUUGUGAGGUCGAUUUUGUUGACACCGAUUUAUAGCGACUCAGGCGUAAACAUCUUCAAAAUGGAAUUUCAUGAGGAUGUUAGGAAUGUUUGAAUAUACGUAGGAGAUGAAAAGUAAACAUUUGGGCUCUAAUUCGUAUGUCACAUGUAGAAACAAAUGCAUAAUGAUACAAUUUUACGCAGCUAGAAAA